UAUGGCAACACUGUCAACCGUGUUGUCACCCGCUAGACUUGUCUCUCCCCGCGUCCUGACAACAUAUCCUCACCUGACGACACCUCCAGUCUCCUGACAACACUUUCAAGUCACUGACAACACCUCCAGAUUCUUGCCAACACCUAUAGCACCCUGACAACGUCUUCUGUGUCCUUGUAUCGUCUCCAGUGUCCUGUCAACGUCUGCACCUUCCUGAGAACGUCUCCAGUGCCCAAGCAUCGUCUUAAGUGCCCUGACAUUGUCUCCAGUGCCCUGACAUUGUCUCCAGAUCUCUGAGAACGUCUCCAGUACCCUGACAACGUCUCCAGUGCCCAAGCAUCGUCUUAAGUGCCCUGACAUUGUCUCUAGAUCUCUGAGAACGUCUCCAGCUCCCUGACAACACCAACAGCGUCACUUAGAGCUAGUUACUCUAGUGAGGAAGGAUGAGUAAGGGAGGAGGAGGGAAGAUCUUCACCCCUACCAACCAGAUCAGGUUGACGAACAUCGCGGUGGUGCGUAUGAAGAAGGGCGGCAAGAGGUUUGAGAUCGCCUGCUACAAGAACAAAGUGCAGAGCUGGCGCCAGAAAAUAGAGAAGGACAUUGAUGAAGUGCUGCAGAGCGAGACGGUCUUCACUAACGUGUCCAAGGGCCAGGUGGCCAAGAAGGAGGAGCUUAUCAAGUGCUUCAGUUCUGAGGAUCAGAAAAAGAUAUGUCUCGAGAUUUUGGAGAAGGGCGAGUUGCAAGUGUCUGACAAAGAGCGACAUGCAAACCAAGAAGCUUCUCUUAAGGAAGUUGCUUCAAUUGUGUCAGACAAGUGUAUAAACCCUGAGACUCAGACCCCAUACACUGUUUCCAUGAUCGAGAGUGCCAUGAAAGAUAUCCAUUUCUCGCUGAACCCCAAGCGCAACAACAAGCAGCAGGCCCUUGACGUUAUUAAGCAGCUGGCUGGGGUAAUUCCCAUUCAGCGGGCCCAGAUGAAGGUGCGGAUGACAAUCCCGGGGAAAGAGGCAAAGAAGCUGAAGGAGAAAGUGAUAACGAUGGUGUCGGUGGAGAGCGAGUCGUUUGACCCAGAUCUAAAUAUUGUGGGCUUCAUUGAUCCUGGUCAUUUCCGUACCAUUGAAGAAAUCCUCUCCGGUCAGUCGAAAGGUCGAGCCAAGAUUGAAGUUUUGAGCCUGAAAAAUGUCACUGAUACUGGAGAUGUGGCCUUAACAUAGUCCUGUGAGAGAGGCUACACGUGCCUCCAUCCAUACCCCUUGUUUACAUACGUGAACAGGUUAUUUACACACACCCUCUCCAGGGCCUGGAUGUGCAACUAUCCGAUUUGAAUUUACGAAGUUUUCUCCUUCUAUUUGCAAACCUGUAUGAGAUCGGCUUUCUGAGAAAACAAUUAAAACCUAAUAUACAGAGGCAUCUUAUUUCUUUGUGCAUCUUAACCAGCUUGAUAAGUAGGCAUGUUACCAUGGAAAGAUUCAUAGGUAAUGAAUACAUUUGUUCUGGACAACUUGUGAUAUAAGCUUUAAGAAAUAGUUUACUCGUAUUAGUAAGCUGGAAAGCUCGUAUUAAAGGUAUAUUUUUAUAUAGCCAGAAUGGUUAUCUAAAAUGUUGCUUGGCUGGCAAAAGAAAAAUCAUUUUUGUUAUCUUACGUAGAGGUGAUGUGUGUAUUUUACCCGAGUUAAGCUGCCAAACUUUAGUCUCUAGAUUUUAUUUUGACAUUUUCUGUAGAUGUUAUGAGAUUAGCAGUAAUUUAAUGAUUUAUCCAAAGUUGUAUGCAUUGUAUUUGUUAUUUUUUGAAGCAGUUGGAACAUGUCCCAGUGUGUGUGUGUUGUGUGUGGCUGAUAUUAUCUCCCAUAUCCACAGGUAUAUUUGUACCCUGUGGGCCAGUCCCAUCUGUAAAAGUUGUCCCCACUUGUUAAUGAACAUCUACCAUUGUUAGGUUUUAGGAUGAAAAUGCUGGGAUUGUCUGCAUUUUUAACAUUCUUCUGAAGAGUUGUUCAUGUGGGUUUAAUUAAUUUGUAAACAGUAUUGCUUUCACUGUCAAACAUUAACAUACAUGAAAAGAAUUCAUCAGAAUUCUUUGCAUGUAUGUUAAUGUUUCUCAAUUGCCGUCCGAUUGAGAUGGCGAUUGAGAAUCAAGAUUUGAGAAUGUUUCUUAAUCGAGGUCUGUCCUUGACCAUUUUCAAGUCGAUUGAGAAUGGUCCAGGACGGACCGAAACGUUGUCGUCCCUUCAUUUUCUAGUGUGUGGUCUGGUCAACAUACUUCAGCCACGUUAUUGUGACUCGUCGUCUGUAAUUCAUCAGAAAAUGCACACAACGGGUCAUGUAAAACGUAUGAGGGAGGGAUGGAGAAACUAACGGGAAAUGGGGCAUUGCGAGUGUGUGUUUGUGAGGGGGCAAAGCACGAGUGACUAUCUUCUUCCCGAAAUGGACCAUAAUUGGUAGACAUUUGCAACUGUGUAUUUCCCAUAUGGAAAAACGAAGUGGAUGAUCUCGGCAAUCUAGACUAGGUUACUAAAAUUCAUUUAUUUUUAUGGGUUUGGGCAGCAUUUUGAAGCACUGUGUUAUAGUGUUGUUGUAAUUUUUUUUUAUAAUUGCAGCUGACAUCAAUUUCAAAUUUGUGACACUGGUUAAGUAGAUUAUAUCAUUUGUUUAUUGAAUGUUGUACUUUUCAGUCUGUUAACAGAAGCUAGUUAAUUAUGAGUGAUGAAUUGUGUCUAUUUUACCUUCAGUUUAUCUAUCUACCCAUGGCAUUCAGUAUAAAUUUAAGUUCAUUGUUGUAAUAAGUGUUGGCCAUUUUUGGACGUUAUUUAAAGUCUUGGUUUUUGACGACUAAGCACUUUAACCCUUCUGCUGCACGAGUCAUAUUGGAGUGACUGCAGCAUAUCUGACCAACCUGUGUCAGUCAUCUUGGGAUGAUUUAACAUACCCCUGUAAGAUUUAAAACUCCAGGGGGCGCACAUCGGCUAUCUCGGGCCUCCAGUAAACGGACACCAUUUUGAAGAAAAAAUUGUGGACACCUCUCCUAGGUGAGAAGGUUUCAGUACUGCAGUGAGUGAGCAACCAAGGAUAGUGCAUGCAGCACGAGCUAAUAGCACCACUGUUUAGCUAGUGUCCACAGCAUCACUUAAAAAUGACGAACUAUGUAAGUAAAUGCUAUUCAUUUGUAAAGAUCCUGACUGCUAUAAGAGACGUACAAUGUUCAAAUAUCUGUGAACACUAUGCUGUUUAUGAUCACAUCACGAUAUCACAGCCUUCAUUGUUGCUAGGUGCAUCUAAGUGCCUUGAGACGACAGCUCAUAUUCC